GAUGCCCUUAUAUUCGAAACUGUCAAACAAAAAAUCAAAACACGGCCGGUCUUGUUGCUCUCCCAGCUAGCACUACGAAUAAAAAAAUGGAACAUACUAGACGCAAACCCUGGCGGAAGAACCUUUAUGAAAACUCCGACUAUGAAGAUAAUUACACCGAUCCCAGUUUUUUACAGGACCUGAAAACAAACCAAAACCUUCAGACAUACACUUUUCUGGAGGCAUUCGUGGGUGCUGCUCAUUUGAGUUUACAGAUAUCCAUCGUCACAACAUUUCUAGUUGUGUUCCACUACCUGUACACAGACGGUGUAAGCCCGCAAAAUAUUCUGGUUAAAGCCGUAUGUGCGACUAUCAUUGGUUACCUGGUAUACUCUGUACGCAACCUUCGGUUUGCACAAAUUAUUGAGGACCUCAAAACGGCUGCAGCAGUGCUGGUGUUUGGAUAUAUAUUUUCACCUUUGCUGCAUACUCUCACUGAUAGUGUCAGUACGGAUACCAUCUUCUCGAUGACCUUCGUUGUACUUAUCCUACAUCUAAUCUUCUUCGAUUACGGGAUAUCUGCUGCGAUUGUUUCGAAUGCCAUAUCGCUGAAUGCCGCAAUUUUCGGAGCAAUCUGUCUUGCUUCCCGUCUUUCCUCCUCGUUUCACGCCUUCGUACUGCUCGAGGUGGCCGCAGUUUACUUUGCCCUCGGGCCAAUACUAGUGGAAAAAAUAUUUAACCUUCCGCUGGUUUUGGCAGCGAUCGCCACGUGCUGCCACUUUCUGCUGCAAAUUUCGGUGACACUCUUCUGGACCUACAGCUGCGUGCUGGUGUUUAUAAAUCUGUUCUGUCCGUUGCUCUUCGUUCGGUUGCAACGGCACAAGAACAAUAUCCACGGACCCUGGGAUGAGGCGAUUGUAAACGAUUCUAGUGGCAGUUGAAUCUUGUUUUAUUAUGUACAAUAAAGUCUAGUCAUUAAUUAUCGUUUAUCAGAUUUCUGAAUAGUGAAGAUUGAACUAAAUUCAACUGUAGCUUUGAAGUAAAAGUGAAUAAAAUUUAUAGUUGUACCAAACAAAUCCUCAUCUUGCGGGAGAUAAUCUACAUGAUGAUUCGGAUAGUUUCCACCAAGU